AAAGAGAGAGAGAGAGAGAGAGAGAGAGAGAGAGAGAGAGAGAGAGAGAAAGUGGAGGAGCAGGAGUGCUUGAGCUGUAGACGCUGUAUUUAUUAAUAGCUAAGGCAAUGUUCAUUUUGAAGGGGCCUUACGAUUAGUUGCCAUACGUAGUAUGACAACUAAUGGUAUACAUAUAUGGACACAAAUGAAUAAUUACGUUAUUUCCAUUGGAUGUAUGUUUUUUUUUUUUUACAUUAAGAAGCAGAUGGCACUGAUCUAUGUAUACAAACAAGGAAAAUAAUGUAAAAAAAAAAUAAUAAUGAAGACAAUUAGUAUGCAACAAAAGAAAAUUGGCAACAGCAGCAGUCGUGGCCUACACAUAACGACAAAAACGCACCAUAAAUAAAGUGAGACAAAGCACGAACAAAGCAGUCCAGCUUCUGAAUCCUGAGAUGUUUUACUCGCGAGUUACUCAAGCCCUCGCCUUCGUCCCUGUGGUGGUGGUGGCUCUGCUGGUGGCCGAGAGCCACAGCUUUCCUACACAACAUGCCGCCCCGCAAACCAUCGUAGCAGCGCAACUGACUUUACCUAUUGCCAUGGAACCAGUGGCUUUGCUGAGGAUACUCAACGAGUCUUCUUUCACUACAACAGGACGCAAGACUUAUAGGGCGUACGAGCACGCUGCUACACAUCCGCAGGCUCUUCAGGCUUGUCGGCAGCUGGGUGGUCGCCUUGCUCUCCCCACGAAUCAAGAGGAGGACCUGCAAAUUAGCAGGAUCAUUGGCAUCAGUUUUGUAAGUGCACAAUGGCCAUUUCCAGUGUACUGGAUCAGCGGCAGUGAUGAGCAAGAGGAAGGGAACUUUAUUGAUAGUGUCACAGGUCAGUCUUUGAAUUACAUCAACUAUGAAGCUGGUCAACCAGAUGACGCUGGUGGAGAAGACUGUCUACACAAAUCCACAGUCUUUCCUGGGUGGAAUGAUCUCCCAUGUCAUUACAAAGGAGAAGGUUAUGUGUGUGAAUUUAUGGAUGAGUAAGUUGUGGAAUUUCUUUCACUAGAAGAAAACAAUAUCAAAGGAUAACUGAAGGAAUUGAUUUCAUGUAAUAACACUGAGACUCAACAAUAAGACCAAACUGUGCUGGAAUGCAGCCUUUACUUUCCACUCAUUCCCAGCCUUCUUUCUUUCAUGCUUCCACAACUAAACAUACUCUCUUUGGCUCCAUCAUAUAUCGUAAGUCAUCCCUCUGCAUAUCACUGUAGUACUGCUUAGUGUAAUGAUGUCAGUUGUCCAUGAAUAAAUCAAAAUUAAGAUACCAAAUUAUCACAUCACCAAAGUAAUACUCAUUUGUUCAAAAUCUUACUUCCAAAAUAAUGCAGACAAGAAGGCAGGAAGUCACCUUUACAUUUCAAGAUGUGCUCAAAGGACAAUGUCAUUCUAUGUUAGAAGGAGAAACAUGAUCACAUACAUCAGAACAAUUGCUUCAUCUUACACAUCUUGUCAUAAAAUUAUGCCUUUCUCCCUUCUUUUCUGCAUUAUCUAGAAUCUUGUAUUAUAUGUGACAAGUCUAAAUUAUAUUAGCAUGUCAAUUCCAUAAAAAAAAAAGUGACUCAGAAUAGUGUCAUGAACACUUACAAUCUUCUGUGUUUCCCACUACAUGUAACUUAAACUCUUUCAAGAGGAAGAUUUCCAGACACAUAAUUUUGGAUAUUCUUUCACACAGUUCUCUUUCAGAACUGACAUCAUCAGUGGGUCUUUUUCUUUUUCUUUUUUUUUUUUACCAGCUUGGCCAGAGUCCAUCAUACAUAAAAAAGACAGAUUUUUAUAUAUGUAGACAUAAAAUGAAAAUAUUCUUUUUAUAAAAAGCUGUAAGGGAAAAUAUAUCUUUUCAUAAAAGUGUAAUGAAUAAAAGUUGAUUAUUGAAAAA